AUGACAAAAAUCACAGUAAAUGAUUUUCCUGAAUUCGAUAAGAAAUUAAAUGAACUACUUGAAAGAAAGCCACCUGGGACUAGUGCUUCAAAAAUAAAAGAUCUAACUAAAGUAGCUUUGAGUAGCCCAAAGCAAUACAAAAAUAUAGUUUACAGUAUACAAAAGUUUAUUCAAAGAUGCCCAUCUGAUUAUAAAUUGGGAGCAUUAUAUGUGUUAGAUUCAAUAUCACAAACUGCUCAAAAACAAAAAGGAUCAGCAAUGACAAAAAAAAAUGAGUCAUCAUCAAUUACAUCCAAAGCUUCAUCAUCUUCUUUGUGGACAGGAAUAGAAUAUAUCGAUAGAUUUGAGAAACUGUUAGAAGAAAUAUUUACACAUAUAAUGCAAUGUCCGGAGCAUGAUAAGGAUAAAGUGAAACGUGUUCUUGACCUUUGGUAUGACAAAGAAACUUAUAACAAGGAGAUUAUUCAAAGAAUAAAAGACAUCUAUUUUAAUCAAAUCACUCCACUCACUCAAUUGGUUAACAGUGUUAAUGAGACAAAAUCAGUAAAUGUUUCUUCUUCUAAUAAUGAUCCUAAAAAUAUGAAUCCCACAACAAUGGAUUCCUCAGCAUUAUUGGCCACUUUAAAUAAUCUUACACAGGGAACUUUAAACAUACCCUCUUUUCUAUCAUCUAACCCAAUAAUAUCAAAUACAUCAAUGCAACCUAAUGCACCAACACCUUUCAAUAAUGUUCCUGUCAACUCCAAUCAACCUCCUCAUCCAAUUCCUCCGCCUCAUCAAAUUCUACAGCAACAACAACCAGAAUUACCUAUCACAUCAUACACUGCAAAUAUUACACCAUUAUCAACAAAUAAUAAUAACUAUGUACACUCACCAACUGUUCAAAAUUCCAAAUAUUCAACAACAACUAAUGAUAAUAGCAGUGGCAGCAAUGAUAGAAAUAUGCCAGAACCAAAUAAUCCUUUAGAGUUUGAUUAUGAUGAUAGUACACCAUCAAAUCAACAACACAAAAAAGAUAUUACCACAAAACAAACUCCAUCAGAUCCUAAUCAACUAAUAACUAGACCACAUAAAAAUCAACAUCAACAAAUCUCACCAGGUAAUAUUCAACAACCUAGUCCAUCAUUUCCUUUUAAUCCAUUACAACCUUGGACAUCACCAAUUGGUCAACCAUCACAAUUACAAACAAAUGUUCCACCACAACAAUUUCAUGCUAUGCCUUGGAAUAAUAAUGGUGCUCAACAAAAUCUUAUGCAACCUGCACCAUGGAACUCAAAUUCUUCACAACAACCAAAUGUUCCUUUUAUAACACCUCUUGGAUAUAAUGGUCCACCAACAUCUGUCCCACCAGUAUCACAACCUGUUUAUUCAUUACCACCACCCGCUGCUACUAAUGCUUCUGCUACGAGUAAUAUUACUGGUGCUGCUGGUCCUAAUCCACCUCAACAGCAGCCUGGUCAACUAUCUCCCUCAGGUGUUCCAUUAAUAGCAGGAUCAAUUCAACCAACUUCUCAAAUUUCAACAUUUACUCCAAUUGCUCCAGUUACUCAAACAGUAACAUAUCAAUCAUCUCCACAACAAACACCAAUACCACAAGACAUAUGUCUUGUAUAUGAAGAUCAAAGUGUUGGAAUGAAAUAUAUCAAAGUUGUAAGUCGGACACUUUAUGUUGGUAGUGUUUCAGAAGAUAUGCCUAAAGAUGUUAUGCAAGAAAUGUUUAAAAAAUUUGGUUCUGUCGCAAGUGUUACAGUAUGA